GCGCCUUCUCUCUUCACCCUCACCACUCGAAGUCUCUCGAACAGACGAGCGGCGAGCGCUUCUCCUCGCUAGAAGCGACAGCGAAGUGAACAUAACCAAAACGACGGCAAUCGCCGAGUCCAUAUGGCCUCGAUCAGUGCUCCCGCAGUAGCAUGCCGCGUCGCGCCGGCGCGCGCAACAACCUCGGUUCUUCCCGCGCACUCGCGGCGGCCGGGAUGCAGGUCGGUGGUGUGGCGGUGCUGGGCCGCGACGAGGGGGAGACGGAGGCGGUGGGCAGGGCUGCGGGCAAGGUGCCGCAUAAGCUGCGACGUCAGCCAGCCGUCAGCCGUGCAGCCAGAUUCUGAGAGCUCUGGGGAGGGAUUGGUGGCGCAGGACGACGGGCCGCGGCGGCCGCCAUUCGACAUCAACCUCGCCGUCGUGCUCGCCGGGUUCGCGUUUGAAGCCUAUACCAGUCCUCCGGCAGAUGUGGGCUGGCGCGAAACUGAUGCGGCUGACUGUCAGACAGUGUUCCUGUCCGAUGUGUUUCUUCGUGAAGUAUACGAUGGACGGCUUGUCGUCAGGCUGAAGAAAGGCAUAAACCUUCCUGCAAUGGAUCCAUGGGGUACUAGUGAUCCUUAUGUAAUUCUACAACUGAAUGGCCAAACUGCAAAAAGCCAAAUUAAAUGGGCGACAAAGGAGCCAACAUGGAAUGAAGAUUUCACGUUUAACAUUAGAAAAUCUCGUGAAAAUCUUCUGCAGGUUGCAGCUUGGGAUGCAAACCUUGUUACCCCACACAAACGCAUGGGAAAUGCUGGAUUAUACCUUGAAUCAUUUUGUGAUGGUAACAAUCAUGGUGUUACUGUUGAAUUAGAAGGCCUCGGUGGUGGUGGAACUAUAGAGAUAGAGGUCAAAUAUAAGAGUUAUGACGAUAUCGAGCGUGAAAAACAAUGGUGGAGAAUACCUUUCGUGUCUGACUUUCUUGUGAAGAGCAGCCUGGGAUCUGCUCUUAGGAUGGUUCUUGGAUCUGAAAGUAUAAAUGCUAGUCAGUUUGUGAAGUCUGCAUUUGGGCAACUGAGUUCUUUCACAUACACCUAUCUUCCAAAGCCAUCAUCAUUGGAAAGUGGAGUUGAUGUUUCUAAAAGUGAUGAAGAAUCCUCAGAUGGCCCAACUAAUUCAAAUGAGCUUCAACAACAGAAUAUUGAUUCUGAAAUCAUUUCAGAUUCUCAUUCUCAUAGUGAAGUUCAAUCUCCUACUGCUGUUGUUAAUAGUGAAGGAAAUUCAUCGUCUGAUAUGAAGAAAUCAGAUGAAUAUUUUUGGAGAGCUCUGAACAAUGUACUAAACCAAAAUGUACUACAGAACUUUGGAUUUUCUCUCCCGGAGGUCAAGCAAUUGGGUGGUUUUGACCUAUUAAGUUCACUUGGUCUGAAAUCACGCAAUAUUGCUGAACAGGAAUAUCUAGAAUCUGGACUUGCAAUGGCAGAUACUUCAACAAAUGGUGGCAGUGAAACAACUUCUGAAAAUACAGUUGGUGUUGAGAAUGAAAAUAGAACAUUGACAACCAAAGAGGAGGUGCAAUCUUCCUUUCCAGAUAUAAAUAAAGUAUCUCGGGAUGUAUUGUCUCAAACAGAAAAUAUACUCGGAGCUCUGAUGAUACUUUCCAAAAAUCUCUCACCACAUGAUCAGUCAGUACCGACAACUGGAACAAAUGGGAAAUAUGACAUGAUUAGAGAAGAGCAAGGUGCUUCAGCUGCAGAUUCUGUUCAAAAGGCUGAUACUGUUUCAUCUGCGUUACUGUCCAUUGAUGCACAGGAAGCAGAGGAUAUGCGGCGCUUGUUUGCAAGUGCAGAGACUGCCAUGGAGGCAUGGGCUAUGCUUGCCACUUCACUGGGACGUAACAGUUUCAUCAAGUCGGACUUUGAAAAGAUAUGUUUUCUUGACAAUAUUUCAACAGACACACAAGUUGCCAUAUGGUGCGAUUCUUCUCGAAGAAGGUUGGUUGUUGCCUUUCGUGGAACCGAACAAUCAAGGUGGAAGGAUUUGCGAACCGACUUAAUGCUUGUACCUGCUGGACUAAACCCUGAGAGGCUAGGUGGUGACUUCAAACAAGAAGUUCAAGUUCACAGUGGAUUCUUAGGUGCAUAUGACUCUGUUAGGAACAGGAUCAUGACUCUCAUCAAAUAUGCCAUUGGAUACGAUGAUGAAGAAGAUGCAGAAAACAUACCUAGGUGGCAUGUUUAUGUGACUGGACACAGUUUAGGUGGAGCACUAGCGACUCUUCUUGCUCUUGAACUUUCAUCAAGUCAAAUGGCCAAAAAUGGUGCCAUAUUUGUGACAAUGUACAAUUUUGGCUCUCCUAGAGUGGGAAAUAGAAGAUUCGCCGAAGUCUACAAUGCGAAAGUAAAGGACAGUUGGAGAAUUGUCAACCACCGGGAUAUCAUUCCAACAGUGCCACGUCUUAUGGGCUAUUGCCAUGUGGAAGCACCAGUUUAUCUUAAAUUUGGGGACGCAAAAGAUGCACCGGUAAAUAACAGCAUUCUAGAUGAUGAAGACCAAGGUGACGUGAUAGGGGAGUACACACCUGAUGUUCUUGUUACUGAAUUUAUGAAAGGCGAGAAGCAACUUGUGGAAAAACUACUGCAAACAGAAAUAAAUUUACUCCGCUCAAUCAGGGAUGGUUCGGCUCUUAUGCAGCACAUGGAAGACUUCUACUAUGUCACCCUUCUUGAGAAUGUGAGAUCAAGUUAUCAAGUGGCAGAUACUGCCAAUGAUGAAUACCAAUUGACAGCGUGAUCCUAGUAAAACUGCACAGCUGAACAUCAUGGACUGUGUUUCCCUGCAAAAACUUCAUUUCUGAAGGACACUGAAUGGGGCUAUGAAAGUGUGCAAUCCUUACUCUUAGUGGAAACAUGAACAGGCAGAACAGCCUUGGACCUCAGUCAGGAUAGAGGAAAUGAAACUGGUUUCACUGGCGGAUAUACUUGUAGCACCGUGUCAAUUGGUAGAUAUGUUGUUUGAGCUAUUUUCCGUUGAUGUAGCUAGCACACUUUGGAAUAUAUUGUAUGAUGUUUGAAAUUCUAGAAAAGUUCAUAGACACCUGGGAGAAUAACUCAAGAAAUAUCCAAGUCCGUUUUGGCCAAUAUUUUUUUUCAUGGAGAAACUUGCACACCGUGGUAGGCUACCGGCUACCCAAGGGCUGAUAGGGUGUGUUAAUCGAGUGUACGACCUAGAUAAAAAUGUUCAAUGUGAUGGAACUAUAUAUCUUGCAUGGAAUAAAGUAGCAUCAUGUAA